UCGAUGUGCUUCAAAUUGAUAUUCUCACAAAAUUUAAUCUAAUUCUAUUAAAAUUAACAAAAUGUAUUUCAUUAAAGUGAUUGGAAUCAUAAUUGUCGCCAUCGCAGUUGUGCGAGCUUUGAAAUUAAGACCGGAAGAUAGAGAUAUGUUCAUGAUGUUUUCCGAGGAGUGUCGUAAGACACACAAGCCAACUGAAGCAGACAUGAAAAAAUUAAUGGAUGGAGAGAUUUUGGGAACAAAACCAGUCAAAUGUACUAUGACGUGCGUUUUGAAGCAAUUCAAAUUGAUAAAAGAAGAGGGCGGAAAGCAAACGUUGGAUGUCGAUAAUGUUAUGAAAUUGGCUGAUAUGAAGGGUUUAUCGAAGGGAGAUUUGGAAAAAAUUCGAGAAAUCUCCGAAAUAUGCAAAUCACCAUCCAUCACUGAUGAAUGUGAUUUUGGUGCAGAAGUUGGAAAAUGUGCAUCAAAAGAAAGCAAAGAGCGGGGAAUUGAAAAUAACUUGUUUUAAAUUUAAAUGUAAC